AUAGUCAGCACCCCUCUGGCAUAAGAUGCACAUUUUUCUGCUGGGAAUGGGAUGUUCUUGAGUUCUUACAAGUUCAUGAAGAGACCCAUGUGUGGUGCUAUUGAGAAAUUUAUUGGGAAAUUUAAAGACAUUUCAAAUAACAGGUUGUUUUGGUUUCUGAAGUAAAAGUGAGGAGGCACUCUGUUUUGUGCAAGGAGGAAGGACUCAGGCCAGAAAACUUGUAUGCUAUGGUUAACUGGUUCCCAGCUUCCGAGAAUGUUGUUUUCCAUGGUAUAAAACUUACUCAGCAUCAGGAUAAGGGAUAACGACUCUAUGGAUAUACAGAAUCCUUCACCAUGGUAAAACUCGCUAACCCGCUGUAUACGGAGUGGAUUUUGGAGGCCAUCAAAAAAGUGAAGAAGCAAAAACAGCGUCCUUCAGAAGAAAGGAUAUGCAAUGCAGUGUCUUCAUCCCAUGGCUUGGAUCGUAAAACUGUUUUAGAACAAUUGGAGUUGAGUGUUAAAGAUGGAACAAUUUUAAAAGUCUCAAAUAAAGGACUCAAUUCCUAUAAAGAUCCUGAUAAUCCUGGGCGAAUAGCACUUCCUAAACCCCGAAACCAUGGAAAAUUGGAUAAUAAACAAAACGUAGAUGGAAAUAAACUGAUCAAGCGGGCAGUUGAGGGCUUGGCAGAGUAGGGCUCAACUUUGAAAAGCAUUGAACGUUUGAAAGGUCAGAAGGAUGUGUCUGCAUUAUUUGGAGGCAGCGCUGCCUCUGGCUUUCACCAGCAGUUACGAUUGGCUAUUAAACGAGCCGUUGGCCACGGCAGACUCCUUAAAGAUGGACCUCUUUAUCGGCUCAACACUAAAGCAACCAGUGUGGAUGGGAAAGAGAGUUGUGAGUCUCUUUUCUUACCUCCAGUGUCACUCCUUCCACAUGAAAAGGAUAAGCCUGUUGCUGAAACCAUCCCCAUCUGUAGUUUCCUGUCUUGGUACAAAAAGACAAAACCGACGAAAAGACCACCCGAAGAACUCAGCUCUGCUGCCGACUGUGGCAACAGUGGUCAUCCAUCCUGUUUAAAGUUUUCCCCUGAAUUAACGGUUAGAGUGAAGGCCUUACGGUGGCAGUGCAUUGAGUGUAAAACGUGCAGCUCCUGUCGAGAUCAAGGCAAGAAUGCAGAUAAUAUGCUCUUUUGUGAUUCCUGUGACCGAGGUUUUCACAUGGAGUGUUGUGAUCCGCCACUCACCCGGAUGCCAAAAGGUAUGUGGAUAUGUCAAAUAUGUCGACCUAGGAAAAAAGGACGAAAACUUCUACAGAAGAAGGCGGCACAGAUAAAACGGCGCUAUGCUAACCCAAUAGGACGUCCAAAACAGGUUAAAGAAACAAACACGGUAUCAAAAGGUCCCUUCAGCAAAGUUCGAACUGGUCCUGGAAGGGGUCGUAAACGUAAAAUCACUCUCUCCAGCCAAUCAGCAUCGUCAUGAAGAGGAUAUUUAGAGCGAAUAGAUGGCUUGGACUUCUGCAGAGAUAGCAGUCACCCCUUGAAGUUCAACAAGAAAACCAAAGGGCUCAUUGAUGGCCUUACCAAAUUCUUCACCCCUUCCCCUGAUGGGCGGAAACCUCGAGGGGAAGUGGUAGAUUACUCUGAGCAAUAUAGAAUCAGGAAAAAGGGCAACAGAAAAUCAAGCACUUCAGAUUGGCCCACAGACAAUCAGGAUGGCUGGGAUGGCAAACAAGAAAGUGAGGAACGGCUUUUUGGGAGCCAGGAAAUCAUGACUGAGAAAGAUAUGGAAUUAUUUCGUGAUAUCCAAGAACAAGCACUGCAGAAAGUGGAGUUGACUGGUCCCCCUGAUCCACAAGUUCGCUGUCCCUCUGUCAUUGAGUUUGGGAAGUAUGAAAUUCACAUGUACUCCUCCCCAUAUCCUCAAGAAUACUCAAGGCUGCCUAAAUUAUAUCUUUGUGAAUUCUGUCUAAAAUACAUGAAAAGUAGAACUAUUCUCCAGCAGCACAUGAAGAAAUGUGGUUGGUUCCAUCCUCCUGCCAAUGAGAUUUACAGAAAAAAUAAUAUUUCUGUCUUUGAGGUUGAUGGGAAUGUGAGUACCAUUUAUUGUCAGAACCUAUGUCUCUUGGCAAAGUUGUUUCUUGACCACAAAACACUCUAUUAUGACGUGGAGCCAUUUCUUUUUUAUGUACUAACACAGAAUGAUGUCAAGGGCUGCCACCUUGUUGGCUACUUUUCUAAAGAAAAGCACUGCCAGCAGAAGUACAACGUUUCCUGCAUAAUGAUUCUUCCCCAGUACCAGCGUAAGGGCUAUGGCAGGUUUCUCAUCGAUUUCAGUUAUUUGUUAUCAAAGCGUGAAGGCCAAGCAGGGUCUCCAGAGAAACCAUUAUCCGAUCUAGGUCGUCUUUCCUACAUGGCUUAUUGGAAAAGUGUAAUAUUGGAGUGCCUUUAUCACCAAAAUGACAAGCAAAUCAGCAUUAAGAAGUUAAGCAAGUUGACAGGUAUCUGUCCUCAAGACAUUACUUCCACACUCCACCACCUACGAAUGCUGGACUUCCGUAGUGAUCAAUUUGUGAUAAUCCGCCGGGAAAAACUUAUCCAGGAUCACAUGGCAAAGCUUCAGCUGAAUUUGCGGCCUGUAGAUGUAGAUCCAGAAUGUUUGCGCUGGACCCCUGUCAUAGUCUCCAAUUCUGUGGUCUCAGAGGAGGAAGAAGAGGAGGCUGAGGAAGGAGAAAACGAAGAGCCGCAGUGCCAGGAAAGAGAAUUAGAGACAAGUGUGGGAAAGUCUGCAUCUCGGGAGAACAAAGAACAAGAUUCUUACUCUUCGGUAGAAAGUGAAAAGAAACCAGAAGUUAUGGCACCAGCUAGUUCUACGCGUCUGAACAAGCAAGUCCUUCCCCGUGAUAGUCUUCCUGCAAACAAUCAGCCAUCUCGGAGAGGCCGCUGGGGAAGGAAAAACAGAAAAACCCAGGAACGUUUUGGUGAUAAAGAUUCUAAACUGCUCUUGGAAGAGACAUCAGCUCCUCAGGAACAAUAUGGAGAAUGUGAGGAAAAAUCAGAAACCUCCCAAGAACAAUACACUGAAAGUGAGGACCAGUCAGCAGCCUCUCAGGAGCAGCCCAGCCAGGAUGGGAAGCCAGACAUUCCCAAAAGAAGACUAAGUGAGGGGGUUGAGCUCUGGCGAGGACAGCUAAAGAAGAGCCCAGAGGCACUGAAGUGUAGAUUACCAGAAGGCAAUGAGAGGCUGCCCCGUCGCUAUAGUGACGGUGACAGGGCUCUCCUCAGAGGCUUCAGUGAGAGUAGUGAGGAAGAAGAAGAGCCCGAAAGUCCUCGGUCCAGCUCCCCACCAAUUCUUACGAAGCCCACACUGAAGAGAAAGAAACCAAUUCUUCACCGAAGAAGGAGAAUCCGAAAGCGCAAACACCACAACAGCAGCGUGGUCACAGAAACGAUUUCUGAGACUACAGAGGUAUUGGAUGAACCUUUUGAAGACUCUGACUCCGAGAGGCCGAUGCCACGAUUAGAACCCACGUUUGAGAUUGAUGAGGAAGAAGAGGAAGAGGAUGAAAAUGAACUCUUUUCUAGAGGAUACUUCCAUCGUUUGUCCUCACAGGAUGUGCUCAGGUGUCGAUCCUCUUCUAAGAGGAAGUCUAAAGAUGAAGAUGAUGAAGAAGAGUCCGAUGACGCUGAUGACACUCCUGUUCUAAAGCCAGUAUCUCUCUUGAGAAAAUGUGAUGUGAAGGAUUCUCAGCUUGAGCCAGAUACGUCCACACCUAUGAAAAAGAAAAAGGGAUGGCCCAAAGGCAAGAGCCGCAAACCAAUCCACUGGAAGAAAAGACCUGGUCGCAAACCAGGAUUUAAGUUGAAUCGGGAAAUCCUACCCGUUUCUACCCAAGAAUGCAUUGUUGAGCCCACCGUUCCCAUUCCUAAACCGGGACGGAAACCCAAACUUCAAGAGAAUGAAGAGACUGUUGAACCAAAAGAAGACUUGCCUUUAACGGAAGAAAGGAAGGAUGAGGAGGAGAUGCACGUGGAAGCAGAAGAGGUUGAAGAGGGAGAAGAAGAAGAUACAACCAGCAGUGAAGUUAGAGCGGCGUCUCCAGUGGAUAGCAACAGUCCCGAGACUGAAACGAAAGAACCCGAAAUAGAAGAAGAGGAAGAGAAGCCCCGUGUCUCAGAAGAGCAGCGGCAGUCAGAGGAGGAGCAGCAAGAGCUGGAAGAACAGGAGCAAGAGGAAGAGGAUGAGGUGGCUGUAGAGACAAACCAGAAUGAAGACCAUGAUGCAGAUGAUGAAGACGACGGCCAUCUGGAAUCUACGAAGAAAAAAGAGCUAGAGGAGCAGCCCGUUAGAGAAGAUGUCAAAGAGGAGCCUGGUGGCCAGGAGUCUUUUUUAGAUACUAAUAUGCAGAGCAGUAGGGAGAAUAUAAAGGAUAAAGAUGAAACAGAACCAGAUUCUGAAGAGGAACAGACUUCCCACGAAACAUCCAUGGUAUCAGAGCACAUGCCAGGGUCUGAGGACGAUCAUGAAGAAGAUUCAAACUCUAAAGAAGAAUUAAUUGAGCUAAAAGAGGAGGAAGAGAUUCCUCACAGUGAACUGGAUCUGGAAACUGUGCAAGCAGUGCAGUCUUUGACUCAAGAAGAAAGCAACGAGCAUGAGGGAGCCUACCAGGACUGCGAAGAAACUCUGGCCGCGUGUCAGACCCUGCAGAGCUACACCCAGGCCGAUGAAGACCCUCAGAUGUCGAUGGUGGAAGACUGCCACGCUUCAGAACAUAAUAGCCCGAUAUCUUCUGUUCAGUCUCAUCCCAGCCAAUCGGUCCGUUCAGUCAGUAGUCCCAACGUGCCUGCCCUUGAAAGCGGUUACACCCAGAUCAGCCCGGAGCAAGGAUCCCUGUCCGCACCCUCUAUGCAGAACAUGGAGACCAGCCCCAUGAUGGAUGUGCCUUCCGUAUCAGACCACUCUCAGCAGGUGGUGGACAGUGGCUUCAGUGACCUGGGCAGCAUUGAGAGCACCACAGAAAACUAUGAGAACCCCAGCAGUUACGAUUCUACGAUGGGUGGCAGCAUUUGUGGGACUAACUCUUCCCAGAGCAGCUGCUCCUAUGGUGGGUUGUCCUCCUCCAGCAGCCUCACCCAGAACAGUUGUGUUGUCACUCAGCAAAUGGCAAACAUGGGCAACAGCUGCAGCAUGAUGCAGCAGAACAACGUCCAGCCUGCUGCUGCCAACUGCAACAUCAAGUCACCUCAGAGUUGUGUGGUGGAGAGGCCUCCCAGUAACCAGCAGCCGCCGCCCCCACCACCGCAGCAGCAGCAACAGCAGCAGCAGCAGCAGCAGCAGCAGCAGCAGCAGCAACCAGCACCACAGCCUCCGCCGCCCCAGCAGCAGCAGCAACAGCCACCGGCGCCACCACCACCUCAGCCCCAGCAGCCUCAGCCCCCGCCCCCGCCCCAGCAGCAGCCCCCCCUGUCACAGUGUAGUAUGAAUAACAGUUUCACUCCAGCGCCUAUGAUCAUGGAGAUACCGGAAUCUGGAAGCACUGGGAACAUAAGUAUUUAUGAGAGGAUUCCAGGGGACUUUGGUGCCGGCAGCUACUCUCAACCGUCAGCCACCUUCAGUCUAGCCAAGUUGCAGCAGCUGACUAACACCAUUAUGGACCCUCAUGCCAUGCCUUAUAGCCAUUCUCCUGCUGUGACUUCCUAUGCAACCAGUGUUUCUUUGUCUAAUACAGGACUGGCUCAGCUAGCUCCGUCUCAUCCAUUAGCUGGGACCCCUCAAGCACAAGCCACCAUGACGCCGCCCCCAAACUUGGCAUCCACCACCAUGAACCUCACGUCACCUCUGCUACAGUGCAACAUGUCUGCCACCAACAUCGGCAUUCCUCACACUCAGAGGUUGCAAGGGCAGAUGCCAGUGAAGGGGCACAUUUCCAUCCGCUCCAAGUCCGCGCCACUGCCCUCUGCAGCUGCCCACCAGCAGCAGCUGUAUGGCCGCAGCCCACCAGCGGUUGCCAUGCAGGCUGGCCCUCGUGCAUUGGCUGUUCAGCGUGGCAUGAACAUGGGGGUUAAUUUGAUGCCGACCCCUGCCUAUAAUGUCAAUUCCAUGAAUAUGAACACCUUGAAUGCCAUGAACAGCUAUCGAAUGACGCAGCCCAUGAUGAACAGCAGUUACCAUAGUAACCCUGCCUACAUGAACCAGACAGCACAGUAUCCUAUGCAGAUGCAGAUGGGGAUGAUGGGGAGCCAGGCCUAUACCCAGCAGCCUAUGCAGCCAAACCCUCAUGGAAACAUGAUGUACACUGGCCCCUCCCAUCACAGCUACAUGAACGCUGCUGGUGUGCCCAAGCAGUCACUCAAUGGACCUUACAUGAGAAGAUGAGCAAGAUGAACUUGCAAUUAAAAACUUAAAUAUAUAUAAAUAAAGGAACCUUUUAUACUGACAAACCAGAGAAAAAUGGACCUUUUUCCAGUUAAAAUAUUGCUGUAGAUUUAGAGGAAUUUUUCUUUGGUUUAUUUUAUUUUUUAGAAAACCUGGUCUUCUCUUUUUUUUUUUUUUUUUGGGUUCAUUUUGUUCUGGGUUUUGGUUUUCUUCAUAAUCUUGAACAUUUUACAAUAGAACUCAUCUAAAAAUGGAUUUGGGGAUAGGGGAAACAUGCACAAAAAUCUUUUCAUAAUUAAAAAGAGCCUUACUUUCUUUACAUACCACAUGGACAGAAUUUGUGUAAAAGUGAAUUAUCUUUAUUUUAUUUUAAAAUGUAUGUUUCCCCUCACUGUUUGCAGCUCCCAAUGUUGUCAUUUUUAAAUGUUAUAUAUACAUCUCGGGGGUUAACAAGACCCCUUCCUCCAAACCCAACCUUUCAUUUCCUACUUCAUUCCAGCAGGAGGCACUUAGGGGAGACUCGGAUGGGGACAUGGAGAACAACCCAAGCUCCUUAAACUUAUUAUUAUUGUUAAUAUUAUUAUUAUUAUUAUUAAUAAAGCGAGGCAGGAAAAUGCUUCUCCUUUUAAAAUCCCCUCCACUCCCUACACACACACACACACACACACACACACACACACACACACUCACACACACAGACACACAGACACACACACCCCUCUUGACCUCUUGAAACCUUUCCCCAAGAAUGUUUCUUUAUAGAUGGACUUCAUUGAAAUGUUUGUUUUUCUUAAAUCAAGUGUAAUAUAAUUUGGGGGGGGGGUUUGUUUUUUACUAUUCCCACUCAGCACUCAGAGACACAAAAAUACUGUAAGUCUCAAUUAACAGCAGAAUCUCAGAGGAAAGCUGUUUGCAAUCCUAAUCCAGCCUUGGAGGAAUAGAGAUGGUCAGUUAACAAUCAAAAAGAGGAAAUUAACCUCUUGUUUUUUACCACCUGGU